CAAAGUCCUAAUUUUAUAACUUUAGAAAGGUUUGGCAACAUGUUGAUCACAGUAGGCUAUUGGCUUACUCUACCAAUGUCUAAGGUUUUAUACAUUUAUUCAAGUCACACUUUUUAAAGAAUAAAGGCUAAUGAGAUCAUAAGUAAGUGUGAUUCCAUAGCAGGAAUGACCUGAAAUAGACCUCACUGUACUUCCAAUGGCCUGAUGUCAACUAUUAUUAAACUACAGGUUUUACAAAGUCUUCCACUAGACGUCUAGAGUUAAGCCAGAAGUUUUGGCUGUAAUACAGGCAGUGAUGAAAAACAUAUGAGUGGUAACAAGUCGUCUUAAUAUCAUUCUUCAGUACUAAGAUGGGCUAAUCUGAAGCAGCACUUUACUCUGCUAUCACCCACGGUGCCAGGAGGAUCAAGAAGUUUGGGAGUGGAAUUUUUCUUUAUAUUUACUUUCCAUUUCACAGAACUCAGCCUAACUUCCUUUUUCUCUCUCUCUUUUUUUUUUUUUUAAUAUUAAAUAACUGGACAUAAAGAUCUCAGGUGGAUUAUCACAGUGCUUCCGGAAGAACUAUCAAACUUGCAAGACCGAAGGACCUUCGAUUACACAGGAAAGAUACUUUCAAGUUAAAGAUUGGCUAUCCUGAUUAAGAAGAUAUGAAAGAAUACACACUCCUUCUCUUCUUGGCUUUGUGCUCUGCCAAACCUCUCAUUGGUCCUUCAUAUUUUACACUAAAGAAUAUGAUGCUCCAAGAUAUGGAAGAAGAUGAUGAUGAUUAUGAUGACGACAACUCUCUAUUUCCAACCACCGAACCAAUUAUACCACUAAUUCCUUUUGAUCUAUUCCCAGUAUGCCCCUUUGGAUGCCAAUGCUAUGUGAGAGUUGUCCAUUGCUCUGACCUAGGUUUGACAUCAAUACCUCGCAACAUUCCACCAGAUACUCGUAUGAUUGACCUUCAAAACAACAAAAUUAAAGAGGUCAAGGAAAACGAUCUCCAAGGACUCACAUCACUUUAUGCACUGGCUUUGAACAACAAUAAAAUAUCCAAGAUUCAUCCAAAAGCCUUUCAACCAACAAAGAAGCUACGACGACUGUAUUUGUCCCAUAACCAGCUAACCGAGAUUCCAACAAAUCUACCAAAAACUUUAGCAGAGCUCAGAAUUCAUGCUAAUAAGGUUAAGAAAAUCCACAAGGACGUAUUUAAAGGAAUGAAGUCUCUACAUGUUUUAGAAAUGAGUGCAAAUCCUCUUAACAAUGAUGGAAUAGAGCCAGGGGCUUUUGAAGGUGUAAAUAUCUAUCAUAUAAGAAUUGCAGAAGCUAAAUUAACUUCAAUUCCUAAAGAACUGCCCUCCAGUCUACUAGAACUUCAUUUAGAUGACAAUAAGAUCACAACAAUCGAACUUGAAGAUUUUAUCCGGUAUAAAGAUCUUCAAAGGCUAGGCCUUGGGAAUAAUAAAAUCAAAGAUGUGGAAAAUGGAAGUUUUGCCAGCAUACCAAGCAUACGCGAAAUCCAUCUUGAAAAAAAUAAACUCAAGAAAGUUCCUCCUGGAUUACCCGAACUGAAAUAUCUUCAGGUAGUCUUCCUUCAUUCUAAUCAUAUUGCAAAACUGGGAGUGAAUGAUUUCUGUCCAACAGGAGGAAGAAAGAAGAAAGCGUUAUACAGUGGCAUAAGCCUCUUCAAUAAUCCUGUAAAGUAUUGGGAGGUUCAGCCUUCAACUUUCCGUUGCAUUUUAGCCAGAAACAGCGUGCAACUUGGAAAUUUCCUCAAAUGAUACUGAAGUUGGUAAUUUCAAAAAACACCUUGUCCAAAUCAGUUCUACAAUACUUGAAAUCUGCAGAAAAAUGCCAAUUUUACACUAUUUAAUCAGUUUACAAAGUACUUACUAUUUCAGACAUAAUUAAUUAGGAACAAUAUGUUAGUAGGAUCCAUUGUAUUAUUUGACAAUGUUCAACCUACAUUUGAAUAAUUUAAACAAAAGCCUUUGUAUCUUACGGAAGGACUCUUGGAAGUGCAACUGGAAACCGUAUUUGAUGUUUCCUAUUAUAGAUGUUAAAUUCUUUACUUAAAUCACAUAGUUUGGACAUAUUCUUUCUUUCAAAUAAAUUCUAAAAAUCAAGUGGAAGUGACUUUUUCCACAGUAAGGACCUUUUCCUCUGCCAAAAAGUGUUGUAUGAAAAGUUGCAAAGAAAAAAAAAAAAAAAUCAGACUUCAAGGACAACUUCUUCUGUCAUUUUUGAUAAUGAG